GCUGUCACAUCUCCUGCGUCACUACUACACGCUGCCCGUCUGCGAAGAGUUUACAUUCAGUGCACGGAGAGAAACAAACACACACUCACUCACACAGACACACACACACUGCAGGAGCACAGCGCCAUGGCGUCGGCCAGUGUUGUGGGGCAGCACCCGGGUCAGCACCGGCUGGAUUCGGACCAGUCGCUCUUUGUCUUCAAACUGACCGGCGUCAGGAAGAAGAUCACGCCGCCGAGGAAAGCCUCCCGGGAGAAGCUGAUGUUCCGGAGGAGGUCGGGCAGCGGCGGGGAGAGCGGCUCCGUCCCCGGUGUGGAGGCAGCGGGAAGUCAAGCGGGAGAAGCGGAGCCGCCGAGGGGAGGAAUGAUGCCCGGGGAAGGACACGGAGCUGCGCCACGUAGCCCGGACCGGGAGGACAGCUCCGACAGGCCCGGGGCCCGGGACAGUGAAACACGGCUCAUCCCCGCCGCUGAGCGCAACAUCCCCCUUGACUCCAACCAGAACACCGGUGGUCGCAGGGGAGCUUCGCUCAAGAGGUCGGGCAUCACUGUCAUGCACAGCGACGUCAGCUGCCGGCACCGAGACCGGGAGUCACGGAACGGAGACAGCGGGCAUGAGAGCAGCUCCUCGUCCGUGUCAGCGCCGGGAGACAGCGGAGGUCUCCCGCGGCUCACUCAGGCCCGGAGCGGGGUGGUGAGACUGGCCCGCCUCGAGCCUUCCCGCAGGGAGGCCUGGUCCAUCUUCCCCCAGGGGCUGGACCCCCGGGUGAGGACCGAGAAGGGUGAAGGACACAGGUUCGAGUCCAAGCCCGUCACGCAGGACUGGUGUGACGCCUGUAGCCAUAAGAUCACGGCUCAGGCACUCAAAUGUCAAAACUGCAGCUACACCUGUCACCUGGAAUGUCAGCGUCAGGUCCAGCUGGACUGCAACCAGAGGGACAGACAAGGGGACAAAACUCCUUCUCCCAGCAGCAUCCGCUCCUCCACAGGCCCUCAGCACAAGCCGACUGAGACGAAGGAGGAAGAGGAGGGAGGGACGAAAGAGCUGUCGGCGGAAGAGGUGCGGACCAGGAUAGAAGAGUACAACGCUCAAGUCACUGAAAAUGGCAUGAAACUGGCUUCAGAUGGAUCCUUCACAGGUUUCAUUAAGGUCCACCUGAGGCUCAGUCGACCAGUCACAGUCCCCUCUGUGGAGGCGGCGGGUUCAGAGGGAGCGCCCCGGCAGACGGCCGGUAGGGAUCGAGCGACGUCUGAGGAACAAGAGGAGACGGACUGCGGUCAGAUUGAAAAGAGAACAUCCUUCUACCUACCAAGCGACUGUGUGAAGCAGCUCCACAUCAGAUCUCAGACCACCACCCGAGAGGUCAUCCAGGCCUUGCUGAAGAAGUUCAUGGUGCUGGACAAUCCCAGCAAAUUCGCAUUGUACAGGCAGAUGCACCGCGACGGACAGGAUCUCUUCCAGAAGCUUACUCUGUGUGAGCGUCCUCUUCUUCAGAGGUUGGUUGCCGGGCCUGAACCAGAGCAGCUCACCUUUGUCCUGAAGGAAAAGGAGACUGGAGAGGUGCAGUAUCAUGCGUUCUCUGUCACUGAGCUCCAAAACUUCCUGGUAUUCCUGGGGAAAGAGGAGGCGGAGCGCGUGCGGGCAGUGGGGCAUAAAUAUGCCAUGUACCGACAGAAGCUACAACAGGCCCUGCGACAACAUGACCCCUGACCCCCUCACCUGCUACCUUAUGACCUCUAUUCAGGGAGAGACUGACGCAGCCAUCUAUUCAGAGACUGGGGCCGGAGCUGAACUUGUGUCCGUCCCCGUCCCCGUCCCCCCUCCCCCUCCACAUCCAUACACACACACACACACACACACACAGACGUGCACACUUUCUCAGGACGUAUUCAACCCCCCCCCCCCCCCACAAGCUCCAUUAUCUCCCUGAGGAGAGAAUCGGGGGUUGGCGGCGGCGUGAGACUCUACAGGGUGUGUGGUCUGCUCGCUGGUCGGACAUGUAGUGUUUUCAUUGCCAAGGACACAAACAGAAAGUUCCGAACACUUUCUGUGGGUGAGACUUGAGAUUUCAUUUGGGACUGAUGUGAAUCAAUGGUGUUUUUGAAGACUCCACCUUCUUCUGCUACUGCUGCUGCUGCUACUGCAAGUGUUACUUAUGCAUGAGUCUCUCAGCUCAUCCCCUCUGCACAUAGUUAGAAUAGAAACAGAAGGCAUGAUUACUUUUUGCUGCAUCUGUGUGGGAUGGAAGGACAAUCAUACUGUGUGCUUCUCUUUUUUGAUAUCAGAACCGGUGUGCAUAGGGUUCUCACAGGAUGCUUGAUUGGAAUAUGUGUGAAUUUGUGUGUGUGGGGGGGGUUACUUUGAGGUACUUGCCAAUCUUGGAGCCCAUUGGCUAUCGAAUGAUGACGAUUGAAGGCCUGGUCACACCUGAUUGGUCAAACUAGAGACAGAAACAAGAAGGCUUCCAGCCCCAAAACCAUGUCCCUCGCCCACGGAUUCUGCAGAUACACAAGCAGAAUCUGUUUAUAGAGGUUAGGUUCUGGCUACCAGGGCUUUACCUUAAACAAAGGGUAGGAAGCAGACAGUUGUGUUUGUUUUCAACGCUUAGAACAAGAAGGAAUGGAAGGAAAGAAAGCGAGAUCCACUCUCUCAGGGAGCAUGUGUUGAGCAAAGAGCAAACUUAAAGUAGGAAAGAGAAGCCUCACCCUACUUCAGUUCUCAUCUGUUCAGUUAAAUGCCAUGUGAAGGACCUGUGUGUGAAGAGGGAUCUUCAGUCAGACUCGGUUAUCACCUUUCUCCUUGCUCCUUUAAAAGGCACAUGAUCCAAACUGAGACACCCCCCCCCCCCCCCCCCCGAAUCCUGAUCUAACCCACCUUGCAUGAACUCCACCUGCAAAUACAGGGACAGGACAAUUUACAGAUUUUACACUUUGCAUACAACGUUAUGGGAUAUGGGUUGUAACUGAAUGUGAGAGGAGUUUUGUUUAGACCAAAGCUUAGAGGAUCAGAUCUAUUGACAGAAUUUUAAAGGGAACAGAGACAUUUUGGAAGUUUAUUGAAUUAAAGGUAGGUUAUGUAAAAAUGAAACCCGCUUCUGUUUUGCACAUAUUGAUACAGGUCACUGAAUGGCCCACAACUCUGGGGUCUGGGCAUGCAUUUCUGUUUUCCUUUUCUUUUUAUCUUCCCACCUUUCACCCAAAAAAAGAAACUAUAAAAUUCUAUAAAAUGCAUAAUAAUGGCUAUGAUGUACCAACGAUGUGUUUGUAAUGCAUAUGUGUUAUGACACUGGAAAAAGAGAGACAAGGUUUAACUUUGUCGUUAUUACAGAUAUUAAUAUUCCUUUGGUAUCGUGUGUGUGUGUGUGUGUGUGUGUGUGUGUGUGUGUGUGUGUGUGUGUGUGUGUGUGUGUGUGUGUGUGUGUGUGUGUGUGUGUGUGUGUGUGUGUGUGUGUGUGUGUGUGUGUGUGUGUGUGUGUGUGUGUGUGUGUGUGUGUGUGUGUGUGUGUUCUUUUAGGGCAAUGUGAAUUUUGUUUCAUGCUGAGUGUGUCAUCAGCACUCCAUAAUUGGGCCUCACUUACCAAAUAUUAGAACAUAUAGCACAGUUAGUGCACAUUUAGUAUCAGACAACUAUAACAUUACAACUGGGUUGUUUUGGAAAAUGUGUAAAAACAGAGUGCGUUUAAAAAAAAUAUUUACAGAACACUUCCACACAUCCUGAUGGUUCUUUAUUUAUUCCGUGCGCAUACUGAUAAAUGAGGCCCGUUGUCCAUAAGCACAUGCUUCUCAGUGAUCCUAGACCCUGUCUAACAUCACCACCCAAAGCCCAAGCUGUUCUGCUGGCAGUGCCUUUUGUUUCAUGUGUUAUCCCUCCUGUGCAUACGCUGUGUUUCAGCACACAGGUGCCUGAGUGUGUGUGGGUGGUUUUGCACGUGUGUUGGACGGUGUUGUAAAUCUUUUCCCUUGUCCCCCUAUCUCCUUAACACGUGUGUCUGUCCAACAAAUCCUGUCUGUUUGUGUGUGUGUUAUUUAUUAUAUUUCACACCAUCCACAUGAUAAACAUUAUGUGUAGGAUGUUGAGACUUAAAGCAUUUUUUUGGCAAUUCAUUUUGUUUUAUUUGAACAAGUGUGUAUAGAUAUAUCGGUAGAACUGUACAGAAUAUCAAAAUAAAAUAAACAAGGUCAUCUCUUUA